UUCGACAACAUAACGGCCUAGUGGCGACUAUCUGUAAUAUUACCGAGCCGCUCGGCCAUCAUAAUCCGACGUCGUUCAUUGUUCCUAGAAACCCAGAAAACCCUUCCCUCGCUCUCUCUGCGUCUCAAGACUCUCAACACAGCAGCAAUUGCUCGACAGAAAGAGAUGGGCAAAGCGGAGAAAGAGCGACUGAAGCAAACCCUGAAUUUUCACCUCAAUACCAUACACGAGACCUUCCAGGUGUUGGAUCAAAGCCCGGCUUCUUCUCUUGAGAAAGUGAGCUGGGAGGAGGUUAUAAAGAUAGGCGACCAAGUCUCCAAACAAGCCACGAUGGCUGGAAUGCUUUGGACUGGAGAAAUGCCGGAUGUAAAAGCACUUGAGGAGAACAUGUCAGCAUACUUCAAUACACUACAAGGUUUCCUUCUGCUUUCCCAUGGAAGUAUGGUGGGUGCAGGGCAUACUCUCUCUUCCAGUAUACACGCAUCAGUGAAGCAAGUUGUUGAUUGCAGUUUUAAAUUGUUGAUGGAAUCUGUCUCUUCAUAUGCAGGAUCACGCAAUAAUGUCCAAAAACUCUCAAUCCCACAGUUAGUUGGUGCGGUAUGGGAAGCUUGCACUGCUCUUAAGAAGACCCCCUCCACAAAUAUCACAGCAAUAGGGAGGGCUAUGACACAAGUUGCAGUUUCUCUGAAGGAUGUUCUUCGGGAGAUGAAGGAGCUCAAGUCCGGUUCCUCUGACCAAUCGGAUGAAAUAUAUGAUGAGGCUUCUAACAAAGCAGAUAGUGACCCGCAAGAUGAUGAUGAUAACUCAUGUGAGGAUGAUCUAGGCAAUGACUUGUUGCCUGGAGAGAUGAAAAUUGCCCAAUCAGCAAUUGGAGUUGUGUCUGAUACGCUUGCAGUUAUCAAGGAACUUAUCCGCACGAUCACAGGUUUGCUUAAGAUGGAAAACCCAAACAACACUGAAUUUGUUGAUUGUUUGGAGAAAUUGUUGAAGCUCUGUCAAGGAAUUGGAGCACAGAUUGAUGAGCUCGGAGCUUGUCUUUACCCACCUCAAGAGGUUCCAGCGAUGAAGGCUUCUUUAGAGAAAAUCUCGAGCAUUAUUGAUGAUUUGCUGGUAGAGCUAGAAAGUGUGAAGGGAACUUCACAAGCUUUUCUUCAGGCAUGCGAUGGUUUGAGGAAUUCACUGAGACUAUUCGAAUAUGAACUAGGUUGCUCUGGUACUUCUGAUCUGGAAGCAAAACUGCAGGAUGUCACAUUGAGCAACUAGGAUCCAGAUAUUUAUUCGUACUGUGGUAUAUUGUAAUUACGGAUAAACUCUUAUUUUUGGAAUUUGUAAGGACAUUGAUGUCUGUUUUGUGCUU